UUUAAAUUAGCAUAGCAUUGCCUUAUGGUUCGCAAGCGGCAGAUUUGGCGAGAGGUGGACCGAAAAGAAGGUAGUGAACGGCCAAAUGACGCAUACGAUCGAGGUGCAUUCUGCCGCAACCAUUGCUGCUGCUGCAUUCCCUUUUCUGCAGGUACAUGUAGUGGUGAAUCGCCUGUUGACGGCAUUAUUGAUGCCGCUGAUGGCGGGGCUUCCGAUAAUGAGGCUGCGGCGGCGGUCUUCAAGGUGAUCACAUGCACCAGCACCAACGGAUGCGUGUGCGCACGACACGUGCAUCUUUGCUUCUUGUGGCUGCUGCUGAAUGACAGGCCAUUCGGAUGCAGGGGUGGUCCGCCAUUCCGAUGGUCAGAACGCAUCAAAUGAAGAGAUGGCUCAAUUGAAGGUGUCAGUCAGAUGUCAUCCGUCACGGUGUGUGUGUGCAGCCUCGAGAGCUCCACGUCGGCGUGUAUGCUUCCAUUAAUCCCAUAUGGUGUCUGAAGCCGCCCCUGCCCUCCCCACUUACCGGCAUCAUCCUGCCUCGACACACCGAGCUCGUCAUCGACUGCAGCCAAACACGGCAGCGGUCAUUCUGGACGGCCAUGACGGUGCAGACGGCAUACGAGCUCGGCCAACAGAUGGUCAACCUCAAGUGCCUCAUCCACCGCUAUCCUCACGGCGCACAAGGGGUCCCUGCUGGCCACAAUCCUUUUGCACCAGGAUGGUGCCUUGGGAUCGUUAUCGCACUCGUCGAGGGGCAUGUGUUGGGACGGCGAUUGGCGCGGGACAAGGAGAGCCUGACCGAGGGCUCACUCAAGUCACUGACCUUCGAGGCGGUGAUGCUGCCGAACAUCGGAUUCCAGCAGAUCAACCAGCUGGCCAGCACCAACUCCGACCCUCCUGCUGCCGCCCCUUCCCAAUCCAUCAGCCUCCCGGCGCUCACAGAGGUCAGCGGCGUCACCCACGGCCAUCUCAAGACCGAUGAGCGGGGAUGGACAACCCCGGCCCUCGAGCGGGUUGUGUGUGCACCAGGAACCGUGGUCCCCGGCAUCGCGGACAUCAGACCCUUAAUCGCCACAUCGAGGUCCCUGGCUGACCUGCAGGUGGCCCAACAGACGCCCCCACAGCUGGUGGAGCUGUUUGGGUCCAUCCCAGUGGGGCAGCAUCAGGCUCUCGCGAACUUGCGGACGAUAGGCCACAUCAGGCUCUACGGCAUCGAAUCAGCUGAUCUCACAGACGGCCUCCGAGACCUGCAGGUGCCACAGAAUGGAAGGCCACAGACAGCGGGGGGCAGAGGCCCUUGGAAUGUGGAUUGUGUUCUCGCUUGUGUUGUGAAACCUGUGAUUUCAGAGGUGUUUGGUGGACCGCGCUUGCUCGAAGUCCCUGGAUCUCCUGUGUGUGAUGGUGCAUCGAAGCGACUGCCAUUCGCUCCUCCUCAAUGACUUCUCGACAUUCAAGGCCCUCGCCUCGCUAAUCGACACGACGUGCUCGCCAUCGGGCAAGGUCAUCAGCCUCAUUCACCCCCCCGCCGAUGGCAUUCAUGACGUCCCCCUCACCCACCUGCUGUCAUACACACGGUGGGACUUCGGCAAGCUGCCAGCCUGCGGCCUGCCCCUCCUCAGUGCGCUGCUGGACACGUACAAUCUGCAACUUGACGUCUUGGACAACAACCUUCUGUGCUUCGAGGUCCAGGGCAUGAGGCCCAUCCGAUACCGCUAUGUGUGGACGGUCACGCAGGACCAGGUGGCCCGCCCCCGGGUGAGACAUAAAUACACACACCGCCACUCAACACAUGAGACAUAAAUACACACACCGCCACUCAACACAUGGAUGGAGGGAUGGAUGGGUGGGUAUGAACAGAACGGCCGGAUCGCGGAGAGCCUGGUCGGUGAGCUGCGCUUCUCAUGGUGGGUGCCGCCUGGGGGCUGCAGCAUUGCCAUCGAGUGUGCGGACGGCUGGAGCCCCUCAGCCGACACCGAUCCACCUGAGCCUCUCGAGCUCGAGGCAUUCAGUCCCAUUGGACUGGAGCCGGUGAGAGGUCUGAUCGUGAAGGGUCGCAUCGGGCUGGGGGUGGCCAGGGUGCUGCUGCGCAAGGUUCGGCCGAACCUUGAGAAGCUGCAGCUGGCGGACAUGACCACAACAGACGUGCUGGACAUCCUCGCAUGGAGAGUGCCCAAGGAGCUGGCGCUCGACUCACUGCAGACCGAGGAGGCUGGGCAGCCGCCUGUGGUUCCCUUUGACGAGCGAUUCCGGACGAUCAGGACACUAACGGCCAAAGGAGACGUCGCCCUGCAGUUUGCAGCCGCCCUCAGACAGCACAUCCCAUCGCUGGACAUGCUCGCCGUGGCCGGCAGCGAGACAGAGGCGCGGCAGGUGCUCGUGAACGGCGGCCGUGCCCCGAUCACGCGGCUGUCGCUGGGCUUCGUGUCUGAGGGUCGCUGUGAGUCGAUCAAGGCUGACGACGAGAGGGAGGGCAUCACCCUGGGGGAUCAUAAGGACCAGCUGCCACGGAUCAGCAGCCUAGUCAUGCACCUAGACGGUAAGUGGCGAAACCAAAGAAAAGGUCAUUCUGGAUGUCUCUGUCGGUCCGUGUCUCCCUUACCUCAGUGCCGCGUGGCGAUGUUACCGACCCUGGCACCUUCAUUUUGUCGAGCAUCUGGUCGGUCCUGGAGAUUGAGUCGAUCUCACAGCUGACUGUGGUCCUGCUCCAGCGCCACCAUCUGGAUGCCCUGCAGGCAGCAAUGCAGCGACGCUUUCCAGACGGCGACGCGAUGGAGGGGCAGAUCCGUUUUGUGCAGGGGCAGAUCCAUGUGGUCCUGAUGGAUAAUCAUGUCGCGGCGGUAAGCCACCUUGGGCACACAAGUCGGGCCAGGUGUGCAUGUGCGCAAGGUCCUGUCCUUGCAAUGCGUCUGUGUUAUCUCAGUUGCGCAAGGCGGCCUUUGCCCACUCGUCGACCGCCGACUUGCUUGAGGAGGCCAUGAUGCGAACAGAAGACCCGCAGCACAGGCUCGCGAUGAUCACCGAUCUGGCGGCCACUGUGGACCGGCUGUCGCUCUACCUCCCCUCCCUCCCCCUCGAUGUCUCAGCCACGGCGCUUGCCGCCGACUGGGCCGGCCGUGUCCGCGCUGCCAUGCCCAUGAGUGUAGCCGACCCCCCAUCUGCGCCUCGACGCCUCAAGGCACCAAUCGUGGCAGCGAUACAGCGACGCGGCAUGGCGAUGGAGCCCAUGAUGCGGCUGCAAGGCGGCUCGCCGUGCAUCCCCAGCCCCUCUGUGAUCGCGUCUGCCAGCCAGCUGAUGGCCAUACUGCACAAGACCGGCGAACAAAUCACAGGCAUCGAACCGCUCUACAAGUAAGGGAGAACCCGCCAUGUGGAUGUGCUGCGUGCGUGUCAUCCAACCUUCUGUUGCCUCUCUCGGCUUUGUUUGCAGGGCGACUGCGGACGGGCAUGCGUUCACCGACAUGCUCGGCCGUGUCGGCGACGCGACGUGCCUCCUCUUGCUCGCCCGCGCCAACGGACAUGCGCAUGGCUGCUACUUCGCCGCCGGCCUGCAGGCGCCUCCCCAAGACUCGCACUUGCCCGCCGCACACAGGGUCGCCACACACUCCUUUGCCAACGCCCUCGUCUUCAAGGCAUCAGGCGCCUCUCCGCCCACCUUCCAGUCACCCUCCCCCACCCUGCAGUUCAUCACUGUCUUGCGAGCGGAGAACGGCCACCACGGGCAGCUUCCCAAGGUGACAGUGGGCCGGUCUAUCGGCCAUGAGUGGCUGGGGCUGUGGGCGCCGCCGCCUGUGGGCUGGGUACAGGGGGGGGUGGAUGGGCGGUGCUGCGUGCGGGAGGCGUGGGAGGUGCCAGUCCGCCUGCAUCCCAGCCUGCCACCGGUGGGAUACGCAGUACACGUGUCUGUGGUCGAUGAGAUAGAGGUCUUCCGGCUGGUGGGGUGACACAGACAGGGGGGUGAGGUGAGGGGGACAGGGGAGUGCACUGGAGAAUGGGGAGUGCAUUGAUAACCUCUUGUCAAGUGACUGACCGACCGGUUUCCAGAUGGGAAAUACAUACACGAUUUCAUUCAUUUCAAGUCUAGCUAUGUAUGUAUUAGAAGCGUCACGGCACGUAAAUGCACUGUCACACC